GCCAUUUUUGAGGAAUAUCAAGGAAGUCCUAUAUCUACAUCAAAGCAAUGUAUAACGGUUUGCAAAACUAAAGGCAAAAUGUACGCUGCGACAAAAAACACUGGAUGUGUGUGUUAUUGCUCGAAUCAACAACCAAGUACGGUAGCUAAUAAAAGUCUAGCGUAUUGCUUGCCCACUCCUACUUGUUCUCCGACAUCUACUAUAUGUGGUGGAACAGAUGAGACUAAAGUUCUUGUUUAUUCAAUAAAUGGUGGUACCACUGCAUAUUUUUCUACGCCAAUCAAGUCUACAGUAGUCACUGAUCAAAGCACAAUAUCACCAACAAGCAAACACAUUUCGAUAGUGACAACCACAUUGAAGCCAACUACAGUGCAAGUUACAUCUAAAUACUGGCCGUUGGCUUCCACGUCUCAUGAAACAUUGAGAGCCACUGUUGUAAAUUCAAGAGAUACAUCAACAGGUUGGAUUACGAAAAAUCAAGACACAGACACAACUUCUAUAGCUGCAUACAAAUCAAACCAAUGUCAAUGUUCCUGUAAGUUGAAAAGUAACAAAUGGUUUCAACUUGAAAAAAGUGUGUCAAGAGACAGAUUUCGAAUUAUUCUACAAAACUAUAUAUUUGAACUGCAGAAGAAUAUAACAGUGGAGGUAAAGGAAACCUCUUCUUACUGGAAUAAGAAAAGAUCAGCCCAAGACAAUAGAAAGUCAUGCUGUAUUAUGGGGUGGACUGCUUGUCUUAUACUAGCUUUUCCUUUUGCAUUAGUUUUAUUUUCCGAUCUAAUGAAUAUCUACCGACCUUAA